CUCGCGCUGCCUGAAUACUACUGACGGCUGAGAUUGCUUCGUUUCUGCCCGUGUGUUUUCACAUUAUUUAGUGUGGACAUAGGCCGUGGAAACUACACAGUUUGUUCGUCUGUUCUUCAAGCUGCAACUCACCCUAGACCUAGUCACUGCUGGUUAUACUUUUAAAGAAAUGGAGGAAAAUGCGUCGACAGAGGGUUCUGCUGCUCCAGCCCCAAGUGGAGAUGCAUUAGUCCCGAAUGCUGUGCCGCCCCCAGCAAGUCAAGAGGCGCUGACUUUCCUUAACUCCGUCACUCCCAACGAUCUUCAAAGCAUCUUCUUCACGGAUGCUCUCGUGACGACGUCAGAUGCCGGCAAGGAGCUUGGAGAGUUCUCCGUCAGCGUCGAAUUAGCCAGACAUAGUGGACAAGACUGUUUACUGAUUCACGCCAAUAGCCACGGGGCACUGGACAACGUGCCCAUGGGGACGUCAGUCACAGCGUACGUUUCAAAAAACCUGCAAACCUUGGAACAUCAGCAUCAUGAGUAUGUGAAGCUUGAAGACAAUCAUUUAGACAAGAAGACAUUCUUGAGAUUACAAGAUGGGCAAUACGUCGUCAACAAAGUCAUCACACAAGGAGAUCAAGUUCAGCGAACUGCUUUAUCAUUCAGCCUGGAUUCUAUGGCAGGUUUCAUAUCUGAAGGUUCCAAUCUGAUUCUUGAGAGAUUAAUGGUCAAGAAAGGAAUUCCUGAGAAUAUGGAAUUCUUGUCCUUCGACUCAGAAGCCAACCUUUGCCGUGCAACAUAUAAACCUCUUGAACAGCGUCUUCAGAAGGUGGGUGAAGAUGAGAUCACAGUUACAGGAAUUGAGAGAACGAUUCAAUCCAGUUCAGACCUGCCAACUACAUGGCAAACUUACUUCUCAUUGGAUGGGCAUCUGACAAGUAGAGUCCAAGUUGGAUCACCUGUUACAAUGAGACUACUCCAGUUACCGGUCGUCGUCCCAGUAGAUGAGCAGGGUCAACCCAACGCCAUACCUCGCAAACCAUUAAACUGGGAGGAAGAUAUGCAGCUGUAUUCUAAAUUUUUGGAUAGAAAGGAGGAGUUGAAAGGAGACCACGCUACAUACAUGAGACACCACCCCGAACUGAAAGCCCUCUUGGCAGACUUCCUCCAGUUCCUUCUCCUACGCAAACCCGAGGACGUCGUCGCGUUCGCCGCCGACUACUUCGCUUCCUUCUCACCGACCACCAAGAUUGGAAGCUCUUAUGCAACCUCCAACGAGCCGAGAUAUACUCCGAGACCAAACUCGCCGUUCAAGAAACGGAAUGGAGAGGAGACAACACCUAGCUGAGCUUUAUACAAUUUUUGCUCAAUUUUUAGUUUUGUUUUUUGCUAUUAUCUGCAUGGGAAUCGGUUCUGUUGCAUCUAUCUGCAGGUUUGAUACUCAGCCUAUGUAAAAAAGAAGUCUAUUAUAAAUGGACAAUGGUCAGUACUGUUUCCCCGCUUAGUUUGAAAACAGUGCUUAGCAGUUGAGGGUUGUUGUUUUUUUGUUUUUCGUUGAUAAGAAUUGUUUCAGUUUAUAGAUUGAUCCAGCCGUCGAUUUCACCAAACUCUUCCUAACUUAUGAUUUAUCUUAGGACUUAGAAUGAGUUAAGUUCCAUAUC